CAAUCAAACAACAAUGCCUCUCGUAAAACUCGACAUGAUCAAGGGUGUUCGCACACCACAAGAGAUCAAAAAACUAGCAGACGUGGUUCAAGAAAUCAUGCUCGACAAAUUCGCAGCACCCCCUCGAGACAGAUAUCAAUGCUCUCACCACCCUUGUCCUUCCUCCCUCCUGCAUCCCACUUACAUCCUUAGNGUAAUAACGCAACACGAACCCUACGAACUAAUCUUCGAAGACACGGGCCUGGGCAUCCAACGCACCUCCAAACUGCUCCUGAUACAAAUCUUCCAGCAAGGCAGAAACGCAGACCAAAAGCAAGCCAUCUACGCAAGUUUGGCAGAGCGUUUGGANAAAGAAUGCGGAGUGCCAUCGACGGAUUUGGUGGUCAGUUGUUCGGCAAACGCAAAGGAGGAUUGGAGUUUUGGGUUGGGGAGGGCGCAGUUNUUGACGGGGGAUCUG